AUGACCUGUGAUACGUCCAGGCCAUGUAAGCGUUGUAUCCAGCGAAAUCUACAAGACACUUGUGAAGACGCUCCACGGAAACGGAAGAAGUACUUGGCAGAUGUCCCAGCAUCCAUGAUUAAGGCGCUGUCUGUUGAUGAUAGUAACACCUCUGUUCCUUCAACCCAACAGACUCCUUUUCCACAGCAUACAAACCAGCAGCAACCCCAGAACCAUCAAGUUCAUCAGGCUACCAUGUUCCAACACUCAGCAUCUGUUCCAAAUUACGUUCACCAUAGACCUACGUUACUUUAUAAGAGCAUGAGUCAACGAGAGCCAAUAAAAGAGGAGUCCCCGAGCUCCCUAUUUUCAGACCAGCCUUAUACGAUGGACCAAAACUAUCCAAGAAGCCGGGUAGGCAGUACAGACGAUCAAUGGCAACAAAACGCCCAAUCACAAGACAAUCAAAAACAAAGGAAGCCCACGAACUUUCUUUCUUCUGCCGCUGAUCUCGAGUAUUCCCAGCUUUCCAACAUCCUUCAAGACAAUUUCAUGGGUCUCAACCCAAACCAUCUGGCAACUUCCACCGAGGGAACACCCAAUUCUGUCAAUAUAUCGCCGGUGCUUUCGCCUCAUGGAAUGCUUCAAAAAAGCGUCACUUCCCCUUCAUCUUUGGGUGCAAGCACAUACAAUGCAACUACAGCAGACUCCUCCACGCGACAGCCUUCUUCUCCGCAUAAAAGACUAUAUCAAGAUAACGAGUUUCCUCGUUGUGAUGGCCGCAUCAACCAAUACUUUUUGGAUCCCUCUGAUGAACGUUCGACAUUUCCCGAUGUCAUACAAGCAAUUGAGGCUAUGAGAGACUCAGAUCCUUCUGUGUACUAUGAACGCAACCAGAAACUGAUGCUAUCAUUCACCAUUGGUACGAACCCUGAAGACCUGUCAGGUCACAUAAUGGACGACAAUGGGUUGCAAUACCUGGAGCCUGAGAGCAUCUAUGCGACAGUGUCAAAGCCAUUUUCGUAUACUCCCGGGUUCCAUAAGCUUAUUGCAUACUUACGAAGCCGGUUUCCAAAAGAAAUGUUGGUCAAGAUGGCUGAAUCUAUGGCUUCCUAUCGACCAUCUUUCAUUGCAUGUACAAACUCGCUACGAGAGGCUGAUCUUAUCUUUAUGGAGCAGUGUUUCCAGCGUACCCUUUUAACUUAUGACAACUUUAUCAAAGUAAGUGGAACGCCUACAAUCGUAUGGCGAAGAACAGGAGAGAUUGCCUAUGUUGGAAGAGAAUUCAGCAUCCUCACAGGCUGGACUAAAGACCAACUUAUGGGCCAGAAAAUCAACUUUAUUGUCGAACUUCUAGAUGAUAAGUCCGUUGUUGAGUACUUCCAGCUUUUCCUGAGAAUCGCGUUUGGUGAUUUCUUAGGUGCUACCAUGACAGAGUGCACGCUUCUUACACCCAAACACGAUGUGAAAAUUAGAACUGGGUGUAUUUGGACAUUAAAGCGUGAUGUGUUUGGUAUCCCAAUGAUGGUUAUCGGCAAUUUCCUUCCAAUAGUCUAA